GAUAAAAAAAUCUUGGUUCAAUUUCUUAUAUAAAAAUAAUUUUGAUUUUUGUUUCUUUAUGUCACAAGAAAAAAGUACAAUUCCAGGGAAUCACCAACAGGUACCUUUAAAAGUCCUUGCUAUAGGAUCGGCAUAUGAAGACACGAUCCUUUAUGUUGAUAAGUUUCCGCCUGAAGAUGGUAAACAAAGAGCACAAAGAGUUGAAAAAAGGAGAGGUGGAAAUGCGGGAAAUACUUUAACUGUUUUAUCUCAAUUCCCUCUAACUCAGGGAUAUUUCAUGGCUUCUAUGGCCUCUAAAGAUGCUUCGGCAUUUUUACUCCAUGAUUUUGAGACUCAUAAUAUAAAGACCUCGACGUGUAUAUUUAGAUCCAAUGCUGAACUUGCACCAGUAGCUUAUAUUAUAUAUGCCGAUAAUACAAGUUCACGAACAAUUAUAAAUUACAAUAGUAUAGAUGAAUUAACGUUUGAAGAGUUUAAACGUAAAUUCGAAGCAGCAUGUGUAGAAGAAGUAGAUACAUUAAAUAACGAUUUACCAUUUAAUUGGAUACAUUUUGAAGGACGUAAUGUUGUAGAAGUAGCGAAAAUGAUAGAUUAUAUUGGUACAAAAGUUUGGCGUCCUAGAACUAAGAUUAGUGUUGAAUUAGAAAAACCUUAUCGUAGAGGAUUAGAAACUUUGAUGAGUAGAGCUGAUGUUGUAUUCUUUUCUAAAGUAUUUGCUGAAGGUAAAGGAUACAAUCACGCUGGCGAUUUCUUACAAAUUAUGAGUCCACAUUGUAAAAAUACAGCACUUCUUUUUUGUACAUGGGGAAGUUCAGGAGCUAUGUGUUAUAAUAAUCAAACGCGUAAAUUAUCUACGGAACCAGCAUUACCAAUACCAAGUGUAGUUGAUACAGUCGGAGCGGGUGAUACAUUUACAGCAGGAGUAAUUUAUGGACUAACUCAAGGUAUGACAACUGAAGGGUGUUUAAAAUUUGCUUGCGAAUUAGCUGGUAGAAAAUGCGCUCAGGUAGGUUUUGACUGUGUAGUAGAGAAAAUGAGUAAAUUAUUUUGACUAAAUAGUCAAGGAGAUGAAAUCCUAAUUCAGGGAGUUGGCGUAAACAGUUUGAUGUAAAAAUGAAGUAUUAUAAUAUAAAUUUCCUUGAAUGUUAAGUAUUUAUUAAUUAAUUUAAUAUAGUUUGUACUUUUAAAUAUUUCUAAUAAAAAUAUU